UGACUAAAAUUCGUAAUGGCGUUAUUUUCUUUAUUAUUAUUAAAAAAUCCCGUGAACCCUCUCCUCCUCCGCGUCUCCUCCCCCGCCCCUCUCCUCCUCCCCUCCUCCGCUCCCCCACCACGGCGCUCGCUCUCCUCCUCCUCCUCCUCCGCCGCCGCCGCCGCUUAUCGUCGCCGGCGCCGCCGCAUCGCCGCCGCGGCGUCCAGGACUCGCCGGAUCGAGUGUCGCUGCCGCCGCACCCCCGAAGGCGAGGGCAUGGCGUCCUCCGCCGCCGCCGCCGCAGCCUCCUCCCGCCCCGCGACGCCGCCUCCGCCCCGCCGGAAGGGGAACGGCGGCGCCGGCGACGGCUACGACGAGGAGGCGGCGUUGCGGCCCCUGGAUCUCGGCGAGAUCCAGAUGUCCUACUCCGAUUAUCGAGGCGGUAGAUCAAGGAACCCAUCAUUUACAGCUAAAGGAGACAGUAGUACAGAUGGCUCGCGGAAGAGCAGGUCUAAAAUGAGUCCUAUAAAAUGUUUUGGGGUUGACUUGUCACCUGAUAACUUUGCCGUUGCUAUUGUAUACUUUGUUCAAGGAGUGUUGGGCCUUGCCAGGCUUGCUGUGAGCUUUUACUUGAAAGAUGAUCUUCAUCUCGAUCCAGCAGAGACUGCAGUUAUAUCUGGUGUCUCCUCCUUGCCGUGGUUAGUUAAGCCUCUAUACGGUUUUAUCAGUGACUCCAUCCCACUUUAUGGCUAUCGGAGAAGGUCUUAUCUAAUUCUCUCUGGACUUCUUGGAGCACUUUCGUGGAGUUUGAUGGCCGCAUUUGUGGACAGCAAGUAUGAUGCAGCAUUUUGUAUCUUUCUUGGAUCUCUUUCAGUUGCCUUUUCAGAUGUUGUGGUAGAUUCUAUGGUUGUUGAAAGGGCACGCGGUGAGUCACAGAGUACAUCGGGAUCUCUCCAGUCUCUGUGUUGGGGAUCGUCAGCCUUUGGAGGGAUUGUGAGCGCAUAUUUUAGUGGUUCAUUGGUGGAUACAUACGGUGUAAGAUUUGUCUUUGGUGUUACGGCGUUUCUGCCCCUGAUGACAUCAGCAGUGGCUGUUCUUGUAAAUGAACAGCCUGUUCCUUCUUCAGGAUACACUCCCUUAAUUUCUGGUUCAGGUUUUAUUGAGAGCUCUAAACAGCACAUUACUCAGUUGUGGGCUGCAGUGAGGCAGCGCGACAUCUUCUUACCCACCUUGUUCAUGUUCUUGUGGCAGGCAACUCCUCAGUCGGACUCCGCCAUGUUCUUCUUUACCACAAAUAAGCUUGGAUUUACUCCAGAAUUUUUAGGGCGAGUCAAACUAGUUACAUCGGUGGCAUCCUUGCUUGGUGUUGGACUGUACAAUUCAUUUCUUAAGGCAGUUCCUUUGAGGAAAAUUUUUCUUCUCACAACAAUUAUAGGCUCGACUCUUGGAAUGACGCAGGUUUUUCUUGUCACUGGACUUAAUCGACAGUUCGGCAUAAGUGAUGAAUGGUUCUCAAUUGGGGACUCUUUGAUUAUAACAGUGCUCAGUCAGGCUUCUUUUAUGCCCGUCCUGGUAUUAGCGGCAAGAUUAUGCCCCUCCGGGAUGGAGGCGACUUUAUUUGCCACUCUGAUGUCUAUUUCGAAUGCGGGAAGUGUCACUGGAGGUCUUAUCGGCGCAGGGCUGACUCAACUUCUGGGGGUCACCAAAGACAGUUUCGGCAAUCUAGCUCUAUUAAUUGUCAUUUGCAAUCUCAGCUCCUUGCUACCGCUUCCCCUUCUUGGUCUACUUCCCGCAGAAAGUCCCGAGGACAAGAAUGUGAAUAUCGAACAGACGAAAUUGAAUUGACUGUUCUCUCAUCUCUUAUCUUCCUUAGUACAUUCGCAGCAAUUUUGAAUUUCACCUCACCUGAAGUUGGCUUCACGAGUCGUAGCUAAGUUCUGCAGCCAGUUUCAAGCAAAGACUGCAAUUCAAUCUACUGCUCCUCUGGAAAACAAGCUCAUGCCACUGCUGAGGGGUUUCGGAUCGCAAUCCACCCAUAAAUCAAGUUUAGUGGGAAUAAAAGCGCUAGUUCUGAUGUCGACUAGGAUAAUACGGAGAAAAUCUGCCUCCGAAUGGUGGGCUAUGUUUUGGAUCCUUCCAUGAAAGACAAUGCCAGGCCUUUCCAAAAGGAAGCUGUUAUUCAAGAAUUAAGCGGACGACUAGAUGGCUGAUCUCCUCUAUAUCUCGUGGUCGACAACUGAACUAAUGACUGUACUGUCUGUCAUCUAACUAAAUUCACGCCCCUUUUGCAACUACGCCACGCCAAGUGCCCUUGAAGUGCGUAAACCUUGUUGUACAUUCUUGAUAGUAUAUUGCAAAUGAUGUGGGUUACCAAUUAAUCGAAAUUGCUAAUGUAUUUAUGAGGUUGAUUUUGUUUUUUUACUUGUAGUGGAUUGAUACAUAAUAUGAAGCAUGAUUCUCAUCUUCGGGAUCUA